AUGGCUGACGAAAGCAGGGCAAUGAAAGAUGAGAACGGCGAAAAGAAGCCGCAGUUGUUGAUGGCCAGGAAGAUUUACAAGGGAAUACCAAUGUUUGAAAACGAGGUCGAGAAGAUAGAAACCAUGGACACCAGACCGGAUGACAUCUGGGUGUGCAGUUUCCCGAGAUCAGGAACAACGCUGACACAGGAAAUGACGUACCUAGUACAAACCUUGGACUUUGAUACGGCUUUGUCAGUUCAACUUGACGUCCGCUUUCCCAUAAUUGACGUCAAAGAUGACAGAUACCCCUACUAUAAAGACCUGCGCUCAAGUUGGGAUGAAUCUAUCGAACACUAUCAGCCCCAGGGGAUAUUUAUAGGUUUGUACCCUCACUUCCAGUUUGAAAACAAGAAUGCAUGUAUGGCAAUGCCAAACACUAAAGGGGAGGACACAAUAUACAUAGCGAGGAACCCGAAGGAUAUUGUGACGUCAUUUUACCGCCUAAUGCGCUGGGGAAACGCGCUGCAGGAAAUGGAUGCUACGUGGGACCUGUUUGUAGACGCAUUUAUAAAUGGACAGGGUCUAUAUGGACAUUGGCCUAGGCAUGUACUGGGAUUUUGGGAGGCGUCCCGUAAGAAUGAUAACAUACUCUUUCUAAAAUACGAGGAUGUAGUUCAGGAUUUGCCAGCGGCCUGUCGACAAAUAGCCGACUUUUUGGACCGGAAGUUGACAGAUGAUGACGUUAACCGGAUAUGCCAACACUGUCAGGUGGACCGCAUGCGCAGUAACAACAAUGUGAACAUGUCGUACUACAAGACGUUCAAACGUGUAAAUGAAGACCAAGAAGGGGGCUUUAUAAAUCAAGGCAGGGCCGGCGCAUGGAAGGACUUGCUGUCCCCGGAAAUAGUGGCCCGGUGUGACACAUUGAUUGCCCAGCUUGAGGGUUCUGGACUGGAAAUCAGAGAUCAUUAG